CUACAAGGGUGGCGUCUCAGAGGGGCUUUCUCUUUGUUGGCUAUCUAUCGAUAUAGCCUUUGCAUAUUGUUCUUUUUUCAACUUUUGCUCACUUUUCUAUCUGUACUUUACUUUGUUCUCAGUUCUUCAUCGUCUCCUGCUUCUUUGUUCUGUGGCUGCUUGUUCUCUUCUUCUUCCUCUAUAUUCCCCUAUCGUUCUUGGGGAGCUGUGUCAAAGCUUGAUCAAUGGCUGACAUAACUCACCUUCCCAUGGAGCAGCUCCAGGACCUUGAGUACUGCAUAGACUCUAACCCUCCUUGGCCCGAAACAAUUCUAUUAGCAUUUCAAAACUAUAUUUUAGUGUUGGGCACGAGCGUUAUGAUCCCUUCUUUGCUAGUUCCAGUAAUGGGUGGAAACGAUGGGGACAAGAUACGAGUUAUACAAACUCUGCUCUUUGUAGCUGGCAUUAACACACUUCUCCAAGCACUUUUUGGGACCAGGUUGCCCGCUGUAGUUGGAGGAUCCUUUGCGUAUAUCAUUCCCAUAGUUUACAUAAUAAGCGAUUCAUCUCUACAACGAAUUUCUGAACCUCAUGAAAGAUUUAUACAUACAAUGCGAGCUAUCCAAGGAGCUUUGAUUGUUGCUGCAAGUAUACAAAUCAUCUUGGGUUACAGCCAAGUUUGGGGUCUGUUUUCAAGGUUCUUUAGUCCUCUUGGGAUGGCACCUGUGGUUGGAUUGGUUGGUUUGGGAUUGUUCCAACGAGGAUUCCCUGCGUUGGGGAAUUGUGUUGAAAUUGGGAUCCCGAUGCUACUUUUGGUCAUUGGAGUGUCACAAUAUCUAAAGCAUGUGAGGCCAUUAAGGGGCACACCCAUUUUUGAACGAUUUCCAGUAUUGAUCUGUGUUACAAUUGUAUGGAUCUAUGCCCUCAUCUUGACUGCUAGUGGUGCCUACCGAGGCAGGCCUAUACAAACUCAAAUCAGUUGUCGUACGGACAAAGCAAACCUCAUAUCCUCUGCUCCAUGGUUUAAGUUUCCAUAUCCCCUGCAAUGGGGUCCACCUACUUUUGCAGCGGGUCAUUCGUUUGCUAUGAUGUCUGCAGUUCUUGUAUCGAUGAUUGAGUCAACUGGGGCAUAUAAGGCAGCAUCGCGGUUGGCAAUUGCAACUCCACCUCCCGCUUAUGUACUGAGCCGGGGUAUUGGCUGGCAGGGGAUUGGGAUUUUGCUGGAUGGUCUUUUUGGAACCUGCACUGGUUCCACUGUAUCUGUGGAAAAUGUGGGACUUCUAGGACUGACUCGAGUUGGAAGUCGUAGAGUUGUUCAGAUUUCUGCUGGCUUCAUGAUAUUCUUCUCCAUGUUAGGCAAAUUUGGAGCAGUUUUUGCUUCUAUACCGUUUCCUAUUUUUGCUGCAUUAUAUUGUGUUCUUUUCGGCCUUGUGGCAUCAGUUGGGCUGUCAUUUCUUCAGUUCACAAACAUGAACUCCAUGAGAAAUCUUAUCAUUACGGGGCUCUCCCUCUUCCUUGGGAUAUCUGUUCCUCAAUUUUUUAACGAAUAUUGGGGUCGUAAUCGCCAUGGUCUUGUCAAUACCAAUGCUGGAUGGUUCAAUGCAUUCUUGAAUACCAUAUUCUCAUCACCAGCAACGAUAGGAUUGAUCGUUGCAGUGUUUCUGGAUAACACAUUAGAUGUGGAAAAGGCGAAGAAAGACAGAGGGAUGCCAUGGUGGGUAAAGUUCAGAACAUUUAGAGGAGAUAACCGAAACGAAGAGUUCUACACUCUGCCAUUCAAUCUCAACAGGUUCUUUCCACCAACAUAGCUGGGUUGAUCGAAAUCAGAAACCAAGUCAGUUCCUCCUGCAAUCCCAAUUCAAUUAACAUGAUGGAUCAGUUUUCUUAGGAGUUGGAAAAAUCUGAAGUUGAUGGUAUAAACAUCUUAGCAAAUGCUAAGCUUCCUUUCUUCAGCUUUCUCUCUAUUUUUUGUGGGCCAUGUGUAGCAGGGUCCGAGAUUAGGAUUGUAGAGCAUUUGAUCCAUGCUUUGUAGCUUCGGACUCUUCUCUUGUAAUAAAAAGGAAGCAAAAUUAGCUCUCCAACA